AUGGCAGCUGCCACGUGUGAGCGGAGCAGGGACAGCCUCGCCGGAUCCAUCCAAGUGAGCAACGACGCCCGGGAGAUCCGAUACUGGAUCCGGGAGGAAGGCGCCACAGAGGUGUCGGGUGCCCGUCCUCCACGGCUCCGCGCCUUUCUCCACCCUUCCUCCCUGCUGUUCAAGGAGAACUCCUACGCCUGCCCCUACGUGAUGUACUCUGACAAGAUGGUCCAGCAACAGAGUAACCCACGGCAUCCGACCAAGCUAGUUCUCACCGGCUGCUCGGAAGCCUCCGUCUACGCCUUGCUCCUCUUUGGCGGAGACCUCCAGGUCAAUCACAAGGAGGCAGAGGUGGCGGUGGACGGCUGGGCAGACUUCGCGGGUGGGAGCACCACCGUUGUCGCCAUGAUCCAGCGCCUACGAGCGGCCAUCGACGCUUUGCUCCUGCGCAAGGUCCAGGACCCCUCAGAGGUGCUGUCGGGAGACCCUGUGGCACAGUGCGUCGUGACGCUUUUGACCACCGACGGCCUCGGCUAG